AUGCGGGUAAAUGUGGCUCGAAUUUUUGAGGACACCGACUACGCUAAAAUUCAAACGCUUUGCGAGAGUACUGAGGGAUGGACACAGGUCUACCACAAGCAUUCAACAAGCGUUUGGGUGCAAAUGGGUGAAGGGGAUUUUCAAGUGAUUCGGGCGAGAACCCAUUUGUCGGAUGUGUCGGCCUCGACGCUGUACGAUGUUUUGCACGAUCCCGAUUAUCGACCAAAAUGGGAUCGACACAUGACGGCCAGCCAAGAAAUCGGCAUGCUAAACCCGAACAACGAUUUGUGUUACUAUGCAUUGUCAUCGGUGCCACCAAUUCGACCACGAGAUUUUGUCAUGCAGAGAUCGUGGCUAGACGCGGGAGAUGAAAAGCUCAUCUGCAGUCAUUCCGUUUGUCAUGAUGAUUUCCCGCCACAAAAGGGUUACAUUCGGGCGACGAUCUUCAAGGCCGGCUACCGAAUUCUGAGACGCGGUGAUGGAUGUGAGGUGACCUAUGUGACGCAUUCGGAUCCAAAGGGGAAACUCCCCGCUUGGCUUAUCAAUCGACUCACUCGCGUUGUUGCUCCAAAGUUGAUGAAAAAGGUUCACAAAGCGGCGCUCAACUAUCUGGCAUGGAAAAAAGAUCAUCGACCUCAUUGGAAACCAUGGCUUUUUCCAGAGCAAAUGUUGGAGCUGCGAAAAAUCUCGUUGUCUGAAUGCACUCCAAGAACUUAUGAUCAAGAGAUUGUCGAUGAGAGCCGAAUAGGAGAAAAAGAGAUUGCUGCUGAUGAUGAU